AUGCCUUCUGCGCUUCCACAGAUUGCAAUGGAAGACCACAACCAGAAGCUGUAUUCAACAACUGCAAAUGUUCACUUCAUCAAUGACCCCACCUUCAAUCGAUAUGAUGCUUUGCAUGUUUCCAUGGAACUAUUUGUUCGACUUUUUCCAGAUUCGGAGCGUGAACAGACAACCGGAAGUCAUGAAAAUGGUCAACAAAUAGGCUACAAAGGCGACAUUGAAGACCGAUUCGUGGCUGUGAAACUCUUGGGUGCACCUGACUACUUUGAUACGUACAAAUUAUAUCGAGUCAGUGCUGUUGAACAUGAUGCUCCAACAUCCAAUUCGGUGAUUUUUGUCAAUAAUUCAACAUUGUCACGUUUUGAUCAGCAAAUCACAGUCUCACUGUGUGUGGUAAUGUCUGUACCGCCUUCAUCGAUUAUACCAUUAUCAUCGGUAUUCGUUUCAGUUCCUUCUUCGGUGUACAAAAUCUUGUCUAAUAUUUCAACCAUAACCCUCCGUUCCAAACUUAUCACAGAGUUUUUGCGAGGAAGCUCAGGCGUGGUGAAUUCUGGGGAUGUAAUAAGGGAUAUAAAUGGCCAGAUCAUUCUUUCUGAACCUGUCUCUCAUGGCCGUAUAGAUGCUGAGACGAAAGUGGUACUUGUGAGCCUGGACCAUUCUAACGAGGUGGCCGAACCAGCUGAAAGAAUUGAGGUAGAUACUGAGGAACCUGAGAAUGAAACUGCUCUGGAUUCCGAUAUCAUCGACCUUUCAAGUUAUCUCACAAACUCAAUGCAUUUGGAGUCCAAGCCGUCUACAAACCACCACUUUCAAGCACGUCCUUUGCCUGCACCGGUGGAAACUCCCACCUGGAAGAAAGACGAUCCGGAAUUGAAUGUUUAUGUUACCGCUAAAGCCAUGACUAAACUUGGGUUUCCUGUCUUUGACGGUGAUCUCGUUAAUUUACACCAUGCAUCUCACACCACGAUUGUCAAAGUGCAUUCCUUUAUCGAGCCAAAUAACUUCAGUACCUCGUUCAUUUACUUGUCGCCAAUUCUUUUUAUAAACCUCGGCCUUAAAAUUGACGAAAAAAUCUACUUUGAGCCUUUGCAGGCAGCCACGGCGGAUCAGAGAUUGUCAGACGUUAUACCUGUUGCGCAAUCGGUUACCAUUUCUAGAGUGCUAUCUCCAAUCACUAUGGAUAAAACAUACCAAACUCAUUUCUUCGGGGGACUUAAAUCUGUCUUUAAUGAACACCAAAAAUGCGUUAGAAUGGGAGACUUGGUUCCUGUGCUCAUUGAUACAGUUCUUGCUAAAACUAUGUUCGACACAUUGAAAACCUCAAAGCAAGAAGACGAAAAUAAUGGUGCUGAAGAUUCUGGAAUCGUACCGACGGGAGACACCGAUGCUGUUGCUUGGUUUAAGAUUGUGGAAGUGGACGGUGAUCAAAGCGCUGAUAAGCAGCUUAUCAUUGAUCCAACAAAAACCCGAUUAAUAUCGUCUGGCAUCGAGUACAUUUCUCCUCCUGGAAACGAAACGAGUUACUGGUACAACUACUUGAACUUGCCUCGCAUAUUCAGCUACAACUCUGUCAUAUCCAAUGAUAAUACAGUGUUCAAAUAUGCAGUUGAGCUCAAAAAGAUACUUCUGACAUGCAUUGAAUCUAAUUCUAAGGUCAAUUUGAGGACUACAGUCUUACUCAAUUCCAUGACGAGAGGACUCGGUAAAGCGACUUUAGUUCGCAGCUUGGCCAUCGACUUGGGGCUCAAUUUGAUCGAGCUAGACUGCUUAGACCUCAUUAACCCGGGGGCUGAGUUGAAAACUAUUGGAACGUUAACCGCCAAAAUAGAAAAGACCUUGGCCAAUGAUCAACGUGAUGAACCAUUCCACGUCCUUUUCUUGAAACAUAUCGAGAUGCUUUGUGUUCAAACCAAUGAGAACGAGCAGGGCGCAAGUAUGAACACCUCUCUUUCACUAAAAGUUAUACAAGUUCUCGAUAGACUUUUUGAUGCUCAUCGCAAUUUAGUGAUUGUCAUGAGCUGCAAUGAUGUCGAAAAGUUAAGUGACAGCGUACGACUGAUGGUGAAAUUCCAAAUUGACCUUGGAGUGCCAACAGAAGCCGAACGUCAGGAAAUAUUCAGGUUUUUGAUUCAAAACGAACUAGAGAAGGCAGACCAUACAAUUUAUGAGCUGUACGAACUAGUUGAGAAUUCUGCCACCACAUUUGAUUUCGCUCUGGUAAACUUUAGGAAGCGGAAAGACGUCAAGUUUCAAACUCUUGCUUUGCAAUCUGCCGGUUUGACCCCACGAGACUUGAUAUCAAUCGUAAAGAAGGCUAAGCAAAUUGCUAUCAAGAGGAUUAACAAGUUGGCUAAGUCGACGAAAACUUCUGUCGACCAAUUGGUACUUAUUUCAUCGGGUGGGUUCAUUGAAUGGAUCCCUGAAGAUUUCAAUAAGGCCAUCAACGAGGCUAGGAACGAGUUCAGUGACUCUAUAGGAGCCCCUCGUAUACCCAAUGUCAAGUGGGAAGACAUCGGUGGCUUGGACUUGGUCAAAGAUGAAAUCUUAGAUACCAUUGAUAUGCCUUUAAAGCACCCAGAAUUGUUCAGCAAUGGGGUCAAGAAAAGAAGUGGUAUUUUGUUUUAUGGUCCUCCUGGUACCGGUAAGACAUUGUUGGCCAAAGCAAUAGCCACCAACUUUUCUUUGAAUUUUUUCAGUGUAAAAGGUCCUGAGCUUUUAAACAUGUAUAUUGGAGAGUCAGAAGCUAAUGUUCGCCGAGUAUUUCAAAGAGCUAGAGACGCUAAACCAUGUGUCAUAUUUUUCGACGAAUUGGAUUCUGUUGCACCUAAAAGAGGUAACCAGGGAGAUUCUGGAGGAGUUAUGGACAGAAUUGUGUCGCAAUUAUUGGCUGAGUUAGACGGUAUGAGCGGUGGAGGAGAGAAUGGAGGAGAUGGAGUUUUCGUUGUUGGAGCGACAAAUCGACCUGAUUUGUUGGAUGAAGCAUUAUUACGGCCCGGGAGGUUUGAUAAAAUGUUAUAUUUGGGGAUUUCCGAUACAGAUGACAAGCAGGCAAAGAUCAUGGAAGCACUUACCAGGAAGUUCAAUUUGGCUGAUAAUGUCAACUUGUAUGACAUUGCUGCUAAAUAUUCUUUUACUUAUACCGGAGCAGAUUUCUAUGCGCUUUGCUCGGAUGCUAUGUUGAAUGCUAUGACAAGAAUUGCAGGAGAAGCUGACAAAAAGAUCAAGGUACUUAAUCGUGAACGGAAAUCUCUUGGUCAGGAAGAAGUAUCGACCAGAUGGUGGUUUGAUAAUGUUGCAACCAAAGACGAUACAAAUGUCAUUGUUACCAUGGAAGAUUUUAUAAAGUCGCAGCUGGACUUAUCACCAUCUGUGAGUGCUGAAGAAUUGCAGCAUUAUCUUCGGGUACGGGAGAAUUUUGAAGGAGGUAAGGAAAAGGCCAAAGAGUCUAGUCAACUAAACGGCAUCUCAAAUGGCCAUUAA